UCGGUAAUACUGCGAACACGCUUCCUCGACCUUCGUUUGCAGCAACUUUGUACUUUUGUACAGACCAUUUUCGAUUUUUUCCAACGCGUGAAGCAUAAUUAAUUUUCUGAAUUUACAGUUUAUAUUUAAAAGUGCUGAACUACGAUGAUCAACCAUCUUAUUCUUUUAGCCAUUCUAAUCGUAUCUGUCCAGUUGGCCUUAAGCUUUCCGCUGGACAGUUUUCCUUUUUAUAAAGAUCCAGAAUGGUCGAACGAAGACGUUCUCUACCUCGAGCCAACAUCCGGGUCUAACAGCUCACUGACAGCAACGUACUUCGCCGGAAUGAAACGAAGUGGUGUCCCGAGCUCGGUGCGGCCGUCCUGGAUUCCGUCACCUGGACCGUUCUUGCCCUUUCGCCGAUACGGCACUCUGCGACUUGGACCCGACAGACUUCGCACUGACAGCGAGGAUCAAUCGACCAUCUUCGGCACACGAACCCCGACUGGCUUCGAGCCCGAAAACGAGCAUCAACGCUCUCGACGCAUUCUGUUUCGCAUUAUGCAGAUUCACGGCUUCUUAAAUCCCCUGAUGGCAAAAAGCAACGGUCUGCCCGACCCGGAAGCCAACGAAUACCUCGGAUAAUUCAGGCUGCCACCUAACGUGAUCAUGAGCAAAACAUCCCGAACAAUUUAACUCUUAAUGAUAUUUUUACAAUUCGGAUUUAACCGGUUCGCUGUUACAUAUCGAUAUUCACAUUCAUCGUUCCGGUUUCUCAACUACGUACGUAAUACGUUAAAACACUAAGCAUUCGCAUGCAAGCAUGAGUUAUAACCAAUAUUUGUACUUCCAGCGUACAGUACAGUUCCGUACGCUUGACCACUUGUUUAGAGUUGAUAUACCGGCCGCUU